AUGAUCGGUUGGAAGAAGAUUUGUGGUGGAUCUUAUACUUCCACUGCAAAGUUGUUCAGGUUUGUUCGUUUCCAAACGACUAGUGCUAGUAAUAAUGGAACACCAGAAACUUCAGUCUUCCCAGAAACAGACACAAUGACAGACUUGGAGAGAAGAGACGAAGUAUACAGAAGGCAGAGAAAAUUAGCUUUAGCGCAUGUUAAAAUAAAAUCUUAUGCAAAUGGACAUUUGCAGCCAGGUUCCACUCACUUUAAAAAGCCCAUACAUGAUCAUCUCCACAAAGGUGGACCUGUGAGAGAGCUAACUCUUUCAAAGAGAAAGACGGCAGGAAGGAAUCAUACUGGUCAUAUCACUAUAAGAGGGAGAGGUGGUGGUCAUAAGCAACGCUACAGAUUCGUUGACUCUCACAGAUUAUUAGGUGGAAAACAGUCUGUCGUAAGAAUUGAGUAUGAUCCAAAUAGAUCUGGACAUAUUGCAUUAUUGAAACACAAUGAAAGCGGUAAGUUGUCAUAUAUAUUAGCAGCCUCCGGUCUAAGAGCUGGAGACGUGGUGGAAUCUUUCAGAGGAGGGUUACCUGAGGACUUUCUUCAAGAGAUGAAUGAAACUAAUAAUGGAGAAAUCGACGAAGCAUUGUUGAACGCUAGGAUCAUGCAAAGAGGUAACUGUUUGCCCUUAAGUAUGUUACCAGUAGGUUCCAUUAUUCACAACAUUGGUUUGCGUCCUGGCGGAAAAGGUCAACUUGUGAGAGCAGCUGGUACGUUUGGUAGAUUAUUAUCUAAGCAUCCGGAAUCGAAUAAGGUGGUCGUCAGACUCAGUUCUGGAGAACAUAGGUAUAUUAAUAUAAAUUGUCAUGCCACUCUCGGUGUCGUUUCCAAUAAAGAAUACCAAGCCAUAUCCUGGGGUAAGGCUGGAAGAAGCCGUCAUAGGGGAAGAAGACCAAUGGUGAGAGGUGUUGCUAUGAAUGCUUUUGAUCAUCCUCAUGGUGGUGGUAGAGGUAAAUCAAAGUCAAAUAAGGUUUCACAAUCGAUGUGGGGUCUUAAGAAGUUUGCAAAGACUAGAAAAUUCAAGAAUGUGAAUAAAAUGAAGGUUAAGGAUAGACCCAGACGUUGA